AUGAAAUUGGAUCCAAAUUUGAAUACAAAUGUUGUUUUCGACUGUUAUUUUCAGCACGCCAAAAAAAUUCAAAGUUUAAAAGGUUUAGUUUUACCAUUUUAUUAUAAACUGAUUAAAUCAACACUUCAGUAUCAACAAAAUACUGCAAAAGACUCAGACUCUUUUAAUUCAGUUAAUGUAACUGAGUGUAUUGAAUUGAAGGAUACUAAUUUGAACAUCAAUAAUCAACAAAGUGGAACAAUGAAUUCAAGUUCAAGAAAUUCACAUUUACCACCAUUAAAUCGACUUACCGUUAUCUCUCAAGAUGACUUUCAUCAGUUAUGUGCUCUUCUGGAGUUUCGCGGUUAUUUUCUUAUUACAUAUACAAACAAUCGUUCGAAAGAGACAACCUGUUAUCGAAUUCCUAUCGAUUUGACAGAGAAAUAUUCUUCAAAAGAUGAGAUUUCUUACAUUUUGGAUAAAUCUUUAUUGAUGAAUCAUAACAACACAAACAGCAAUAUAUCGGAUAAUAACAGUAAUAACAAAUCAAAAAUACCAUAUGGUGAGCCAGAUAAUUUGAUAAUAGUAACAACGAAUUCAUCAUGCUGUGACAAUUUUCUUCGAUGUUUCUCUCUUCCACUCAAUUCUAGUGGAAAUGAGAACAGUUUGAUAAGAGAUUGGACAAUUGAUUUUUACUGGAACCGUACACCAGAAAUGUACGAGUUUGGUGAAGAGGGUUGGAGUAGUGUUGGUUCACCUGUUGGCGCAUUAUCAGGUGUUUAUGAUCUGGUUGAUGUGAAACUAAAGUAUCGUUUUGACAGAAAUUCUGGAUUUGACUUUCUAAUAAGUGGAAAUGAUGGUCCAGGUGAACAAAAGAAUAUUUUGUCAAAUUAA